AAGCGAGCAGACACUGCGCGGCCACCCUGAACUGUCAGCUGUAGCAGGAGUCCUCUUUGCCGAGUACCAACCAGCUCGACAGAGACACCCGGAAGGCACGAAAGUCAAUUUGAGAGGGCAGCAUGAAUCGCUUUAAGACGUCCAAAUUCAAAAACACCACUCCGAAAAUUGCCAAGAAAGAUGAAUGGAUCAACAAUGUCCGAGGUGGUUCUUUCUCCUCCCAGGGGAACCACAUCAAAGCGAGCGCCAAGCUGGUGGCCUUCAAUACCGAGCAGGCUGGUGGAGGAAUGCUGGGCCUGUCCUCAGUCAAACCAGGUUCAGAUGGCCAAUGGACAGUCACUCAGAUCUCCUGCCAUUCUGAUCUGAUGACUGAUAUGGACUUUUCUCCUUUUGAUGAAAGUCUCCUGGCAACAUGCUCCGGAGAUGAAAUGGUGAAGCUGUGGCGUUUGUGUGAUCCAGAGCUGCAGCAGCCCAGCAGUCCCGAGCUAACCCUGCGUCCGGGUCAGGGCCGGCUGGAGCUGGUGCUUUUCCACCCCACCUCUUCCAGCUUGCUGGCGCUCGGCACCACCUUGUCCCCCCUGAUUUGGGACACCAGCCGCCAGGAUGCACCACUAGCAGUUCUGGAGCAGCACAGUGACCAGCUGCAGAGUCUGAGCUGGAAACAGGACGGUUCCUUGCUGGCUUCCUCCUGCAAGGACAAGAUGCUGCGGGUGUUCGACCCCAGAGCCCAGCUGACACCUGUUCAGAGUGCCAAGAGCCUUCAGAGCAACAAGGAUUCAAGGAUCCUGUGGGCCAAAGACGACCUUUUACUCACCACCGGCUUUGAUAUGAUGCGUGGUCGGGAGGUGAGGCUCUGGGACAGCAGAAAGCUGAGCUCUUCGCUCAGCUCGGUGUCACUCGGAACUUCAAACAGGAUGCUGAUCCCUCUGUUUGAUGAUGACACUGGUCUGCUCACACUGGCUGGCAUGGGAGACACUGUGGUUGACUGCUUUGAAGUGUCUGCAUCUGAGCCUUUCCUUUCACAAGUGAGCCACUGCCUGACGGACACCUCAACAAGAGGAGUUGCCAUGGUUCCCAAGCUGGCAUUGGAUAUCACGUCCUGCGAAGUGAUGCGUUUGCUUCAGCUGACAGACAGCUGCAUUGUGCCAAUCAGCUAUCAAGUCCCUCGCAAGAAUUCAGGCCAGGAGUUUCAUGAAGAUCUUUACCCAGAUACAGCGGGCACGACUCCGGCCAUGUCUGCCGAGGAGUGGUGGCAGGGAGGGAACAAGCAGGUGGAGAAAAUCAGCCUCCACCCAGACAAACGGCCCAAAGCAAAGGCACCACCUGCAAAACAGACGCCUGCAAAAAAGGAGCAGGCCAGUGGGGGGAGCAAGGAGGAUCCAGCACGUGGCUGCUCCACCUCCAGCAGUCCUCUGAGCACUCCGAGCAGCAGCGCUGCCCCGUCCCGCUCUCCUUCCUCCACCUCCGGCCUCUCAUCUGGCUUCCUCCCGAGCCCCAGUCCCAGCCAGAGCGCCAAAACCAUCCAGAGCCUGCUGGGUCCAACCUCCAAGUUCCGUCACAUCCAGGGUGCAGUGAUGCACCGGGACACGCACAUCACCAAUCUGCGUGGCCUCAACCUGACCACACCAGGCGAGUCUGACGGCUUCUGUGUCAACCCCCAGCGUGUUGCAGUGCCCCUCGCUAUCUCCGGGGGCCAGAUGGCUAUCUUUGAGCGCUCUCAGCCUGGAAGACUGCCAGACACAGCCCUGCCCACCAUCCAGAACUCUGUAAAUGUGGUCGACUUCUCCUGGGACCCCUUUGACACACACAGGCUUGCUGUGGCUGGUGAUGAUGCAAAGAUCCGGGUGUGGCAAGUACCAGAGGGAGGGCUGAAAGAGACCCUGACUGAGCCUGAACUGAUCUUGCAAGGCCACACUGAGAAGAUUUACUCCAUCAGGUUCCACCCUUUGGCCAGCGGACUCCUGGUUUCUUCAUCCUACGAUCUCACUGUCAGACUGUGGAACCUGGAGACUGGAGAGCAGGUCAAACUCCUCACUGGACACCAGGACCAGGUCUUUUGCAUGGCGUGGAGCCCUGAUGGCAAGCUCCUGGCCACAGUGUGCAAAGAUGGCAAAGUUCGCAUCUAUGACCCCCGCAAGUCCACUGCACCCGUGCAGGAAGGCCCAGGUCCUGAGGGCCACAGGGGAGCUCGUGUGGUGUGGGUGUGUGAGGGCAAGUACCUGUUGGUUUCAGGAUUUGACAGUCGCAGUGAGAGAGGACUCUACAUGUACUCAGUUGACUGCCUGUUCUCUGGAGCCAGAGCCAGCAAUCUUGUAGAUGUCUCUCCCUCUACACUCAUCCCUUUUUAUGACCCCGACACCAGCGUGGUCAUCCUUACUGGAAAAGGUGAUACCAGAGUGCACAUUUAUGAGAUUGUCCCUGAAGAUCCCUAUUUUAUUGAGUGCAGCAGUUUUAACUCUCCUGAGCCGCAUAAGGGCUUGGCCUUUCUGCCCAAGACAGAGUGCAACGUGCGUGAUGUGGAGAUAGCUGUAGGACUGAUGCUCACCAAGACAAGCAUAGAGCCAGUGGCCUUCAGAGUGCCACGGGUCAAGAAAGAGUUUUUCCAGGACGACGUGUACGUAGACACAGCGGUCCAUUGGGAACCGGCACUGACUGCCUCUGCUUGGCUGUCUGGCUCCAAUGGCCAACACAAAAAGAUCAGCCUAAAGCCUAAAGACAUGACGCCAGUGAGUGAGGCCCCCAAAGAGGCUCCAGUUAGGAAAUACCUGCCCUCAUCUGUUUACCUGGAGGAGAAGACUGAUGAACAGAAGAAAGAUGAGCUGCUUAGUGCCAUGGUAGCUAAGUUGGGGAACAUGGACGACCCGCUGCCACAGGAGUCCUUCGAGGGGGUCGACGAGGACGAAUGGGAUGACUAGAGGGGACAUCAUCCUUUGGUUCAGUCAUGGUGCCAACAGCAAAGAGGAGAGAGCUGGUCAAAUGUCAAGCAGCACUGACAUCAGUGUGUGCGAUGGUGCCACCAACACAACCUCUGAGCUCAAUCAGCUAACAUCUCACCCCACUGCACACAAAAAGAAUACUGUACAAUACUGUGAAAGUAUAAACGAUUUGGGAAGAUAUCAGUAUGUAUCACAAUAUCUGUUGAGGUUUGGAAAAUCAAAUGCAAUGUUGUCUAGUUGGUGUUCAUCAUAUCAGACUGCAUGAAAUUUCAUAUGAAAAUAAUUUUUGGGUGUAAUUCUUAAAUAUUUCAGCAAUCAUUCUGGGAUGAAUCUUACAUGGUAAAUGCUCUGUUAUGACAAGCAGUUAAUGUAGACUGCAACAAUUAUGUCACACUGUUCAUGAUAUGUCAGGGGGGAAAUCCCACCAAUAUGAUACAACAGUUAAUAUCAGAAAAUAUAUUUAUCAUAUAUUGGGACACCUCAAACAUUUUAAGUCGGUGCAGGGUAAAUUAAACAGCAUCAGUCAUAGCAAUAAUGCCUCUGCUUUAGUUACCUUAAAAGUUAACUAAUGGUUACAACACACUGAACCACAGGUUACACUGACUGAAAAUAACUUUUAUUUUAGCAUAGCAUCUCAUUUUGUCUGUGGUAUGUGGCCAUGGUUUAAACAUGAUAAUACACACAUGAAGUGUCCUGAUAAAAAUAAUAAUUAUAAUAAUAAUGGCCUCUUGUGCCCAGUUUGUUAUUUUCUGAUUUCAAGACACCAGGUUGUACACCAUUGCAAACACAGUUGUUAUCUUUGUGCACAUUUACCUCCACAGUGGACCACUUCUGCUAGCCAGUCAUAUGAGCACGCUCCGUCACAAUGUGUCUUUCAAAGAUGUAAUGUUGCAAAAAAUAUUGUUAAUGAUCUUACUGAACAAGUGAACAUCACGCAUCCGAUUUUUAAAAACCUUUGUCUUCCUGUUUGGUCAGAUAAAACACACAAAUAAUUAUUGUAAGAUGCUCAAGCCUCCUGCAAAAACCUCACUGAGGGUACAACAGGGUCACCAGUGUUCAUGUUUUACCAUGAGCUGGAAUUUCUAAUGACAACAACAGUAAGUUCACUUUUCUUUGUUAGCCAAUCAUAGAAUAAAAUGCCAUUUUAACACGAUAAUGUGUUACUGUAUUUGUACAAGUUAGAUUUGAUUGAAUGUUUUGCCAUUCAGUGGUCAUAUAAUAGUCUUAUAAGUUAAAGGUCAAUGAAACUGAGAUGUUGUUUUGCAUUGAAAGCCAAACCAGAGGGGCCUUUGUAUACUCUGAGAUGAUUGUUUCCUUUCUUUCUUUUCUCGUUUGCCAGGCAGUUGAACUUUUAAUCCUGAUCUGUGUUGGUUUUCAGACUGUUUGAAGGUAUUCCUCACUUUAACAAGCUCUUUUUCUAGUAAGUAAUCAUGGUGUUCUUUAGACAAUAAGAGUACAGUAUUAAUAACUUUUCAAUGCAGCCAUAACAGCCAUCAUGUAAUUUCCAAUCAGGGCUUCAGCAAUAUCCUCAAUAAUCUGGGCUUGAACCCACCAAGUUUGUUUACAACCUCUGAUGGACUGAAAUGAACCAUCCACUCAGCCAUGCAUGGUCGUGCGCAUUAUGUUGUACACAUGAACUGCAGGUGUCGUCGGUGUUCGUGUGAUGUAUACUGUAUGUGCUUGUGAUUCUCGGACGGCAUACUUUGUAAUGUUUGGAUUGGAUUAACUUGCCUUCCAUUGCGUUAAAAAAAAGAUUUUCCUUUUUAUACAGCGAGUCAAGCAUUGUAAUUGUUUUUUUCUGUCUUAAUUGAGUGAUGGUUUGUGGAUUUUUUUUUCCCAGUAUUGUCUUGGAAUAAACACCUUUUUGAACCCA